AAAAAAAAAAAAAAAAAAAAAAACAUUUGGGACGGGAAUAAACAAGUAUAGUAUAUAUUCUCAUUAGCGUGAACUCUCCGCUCUUUGCAGUAUAUCUUCCUCUCUGCGUUUGGGUUCCUGCGUGGUGCUGUGGUCGAAUCAAUACAGAAAUGCAGAUCUUUGUCAAAACCCUAACCGGAAAGACUAUCACUCUCGAAGUCGAGAGUAGCGACACCAUCGACAAUGUCAAGGCCAAGAUUCAGGACAAAGAAGGUAUCCCCCCUGAUCAGCAGAGACUGAUUUUUGCUGGCAAACAGUUGGAAGAUGGAAGGACUCUGGCUGAUUACAACAUCCAGAAGGAAUCAACACUUCACCUGGUUUUGAGACUUAGGGGAGGGACUAUGAUUAAAGUGAAGACUCUCACUGGAAAGGAGAUUGAAAUUGAUAUUGAGCCAACUGAUACUAUUGAUAGGAUUAAGGAGCGAGUUGAGGAGAAAGAAGGAAUACCUCCUGUGCAACAAAGGCUUAUCUAUGCUGGCAAGCAGCUUGCAGAUGACAAGACAGCUAAAGAUUAUAACAUUGAAGGUGGUUCUGUUCUUCACCUUGUCCUAGCACUGAGGGGCGGCUGUUUUUAGAUGUUCAACUUUUAUUGGAUGGAUUUGCAGUAAACAAUUCGAGUUUUGAUGUACUCUUGGAUAAUAUGCACUUGUGGUUAAAUACUCGAGUUUUGAUGUACUUUUGGAUAAUAUGCACUUCUGGUUAAUUACUUGCAUGUGUAUUCUAUAAUCCAUUUGGCAUUUGCCAUAUAAAUACCUAUUGAUGGUCUAUCGGUUUGGCCUUUA